CAGAGAUGAGCCGCCCACAGGAAGUGCUCAUUUUACUCCGCCCCUCCAGGCUGUAAAUCGACAGGUACGGAUUUGCCUGUGCACCAUCUUCCGUUGGGUGCUGCCUGUGACAUUGUUGGAUUCUGAAUCUUGAACGUUCUGAGGAGAGCAUCCAGGCUUCAGAGUUCCUGCCAGGCAUGGUCAUGUAACUGAGUGCCAGCAAAGGAUUGGGAGCAAAAGUGGUUCAUGCCACUUACAGGCCUGAAAAUGAGAUAAAACUUCUCAUGUAUGUUCCUCCAUGCUCAUCGCCCCUCUCCAGUGGCCUGGAAUUGAGACUUCAUUUUGCAUGAGGAGAUUCGUCUCAGAGUAGUACGACGCUGAGCUUGAAAGUGCCAGGAGGAUAUGGGUAACUAGAACAGGUUCUGAUGGGAUUGCUCUUCACAAAGCUAAUUGGGUUGUGCAGCAGGGUUGUAACAUAACUGAGAUCUGGCCGUGAUUGGAAUGAGCACAUAACCCAAGAUGAGUCUCUUCGCAAGAAAAUAAGACCAGCAGCUGCAAUCAACUGCAAUCCUGUCACACCUUCACGAUGUUCCCCUUGUCCAGAAAUGUACUAAGCUCUCUCAAGAUUCGAAGCAUUCAGCAAAUUAGGGCAAGACAGAGUCAUGCAAAACACUCACCAGAUUUUCAUGACAAAUAUGGUAAUACUUUACUAACCAGGGGAACCAUUUUCUGUGUUGUUGCAUGGGUGUUUACAAUCACACAGAUUGGAAUAGAAUGGAACCAAUCCCCUGUUGGCAGAGUCACCCCAAAAGAGUGGAAUGAUGAGUAACCGUCACAGUUACUGUAAUACAGAAUUGCUUCAAAAUCAACUUGUUUAUUUAAGGGCUCUGCUGCUCAUUAAAAUUUAACAUAAUUGAGAAAUAAAGUACAUUUGAAACCUUUAAA